CGGCCCCGGCCCCGGCCCCGGCCGGCUGCCGUCUCUGAGGCGGCGCUGCGCCGUGCGGGAGCAGGCUAGCAGCCCUGCUGCGCGGCGGGGAGCCUGCCCCGAGCCGUGCCUCUCCUGCCGGCGGCCCGGCCCGGCCGGGGGCUGUCAGGCUGCAUACAGUAGGUGAAAGUUGCUAGAAAACGUGAGCACUUUGGACUGAGUUAUGUGGAAGAGCUGAAUAUAAUGAGGGAACAUGAGACUAUAUGAAGGGAAUCUCAGUGGGAUAGUCUGAAGAUCAAACAAGCAACAGUUAAUGCUCCUAGAAACAUGAACAUUUAGCCCUUAUUGGAAGAUUUAACACCAGAUCAAUCGCAUCAGUUAAGAACAUUAUCCUCUCCGGAGGUCAAAGAGUCUACAUAAGCCUGUCAUGAAUAUAAAUAAAAAUAUUCCUAAUUGAUUCAUUGCUUGUUCUGAAGUUCACAGAAAGUAAGGAUAUCUUCUGAAGUAAGAGACAUGAAAAAACAAACUCUUGAUCACAGGGUGAGGAGCCAAAGAAAUAAAACUGUGGAAGAAGACAGUGCUGACAAAAAUCAGAGAAGUUGCUCUGAAAAAGUUAACAGAGAAAAUGCCACUUGUAGUCAUGAAAGUACAGUUGUAAAACUGCCAGUAAUAGCAUCAUUUGCAGGUACCACUAAAAAAAUUGUAAUGGUCAAGCACCCAGCACCGCCUCAGAAGCCAAAUUACUGCAUGUCUAAUUUUCAUGCUAAUAGUUUCCCAAUCUCAUUAGAAAAGACAAAAGCUGUUAGUAAAGUAAAAGGUAGGGUGCGUGUGCUGCAGAUGGAUCCCCAGAAUUUAAAAAGAGAUAAAAUUGAACAAAUAGAUACUGUGAAUAAAAACGGUGAUGAAUUUAGCUCUACAGGUUCUGAUACAAGUAAAAGCAUUUCAAGAAAGGGAAAAAUAACAAGGGAAAGCUGUAAGAAGAGAAGCAGAGUGAUUUCAAAAGCAAAGCAACAAGAUUUAGAUGUUGAAUCGGGAAGAGUGCUGAGAAAAGGAAGCAAGCAGCCAAGUGUGAGGUCUGCUCGAGAACAGUUGGAAGAGACGAGAGAUGUGACUAGACCAGACACUUCAAAAAUAUACGAGAAGAACUUCCAGCAGAGCAAAUCUGAAGAGCCUACUUCCACACUAGCGAUGCCUGUGAAAGUGGUUGUAAGGUCUAUUGAUGAAAUAAUUGCUUCCCUGCAGUCUACUUCUCCAUCUCCCUCAGACCAGACGAUCAAAGAACUCCUGGAGAGUGUUCUUGGCCAGAACUACAACAUAAAAAUGGAAGCACCAAUUGAACAUGAGGAAAUAAAAACUGAAUCUCAAGUCCUGCCAAGUUUUCACCAAGCAAGCCUGACACCAGUAGUUCAGCAAGGAUCUCAAGCAGCAGAAAAUGAAUCUCAACCUAAAGAUGAGCUGUUAACAUACAAUAAGCAGGUGAAGCAGGCUCCAUCCUUGGAUGUGCUACAGGUGAAAGGAAAAGCAAUACCAAAAAAAACAAAUGAAGUUCAGAAAGAGCUACAGGAGGAACAUGACUUGCAACAAUCUUUGCCUCCUCAGGCUUCAAAUGUCAAAGGUCAACAUUAUCCAGGCAUUCAUCGUUUAUGUACUACUUUUCCUAGUUUUAUAUUGCCUCCUUAUUUGCAACUGGUUUCUAGAGUUUAUCAUACUUUAGACAGAAGAGGUCACAAUAUCUUAUUUACAGCAGAGGACAUGGACAAUAAGGAGGAAGAACCUAUAUGUUCCAAAUAUAUUUAUUUGAAAGAGCAAGAUGAAAGGGAAAGGCAUGAACUUGCUUAUUUUCAGAGUUACUAUGAUUUCAUUAAUUUUGUUUCCAUUUAUCCAGAAGCUUUAAAAAUGUUUUGGACUCCAGCUCCACCAAAGUUUUCUGCUCCAAUUUCUUCAUUAAAGGAAAUUUUAUUUCCUACAUAUGAGACAGAAAGUUUACCGAGAAGAUGCCAAUCCUUGCCUGAUUUUUCUGAUUGUGAGAGCUCAAAGACAAGUUUGAUUAAAAGAUCAGUCUCAGCUCUGGAGAUGGCUGCUUUCAAAGAUGAAACUACAUUAAAUAUGUCAGCUAAUUUCAAAACCAGCAUGAAAGAGUUGGAAGUUAUGAAGCAACGGAUAGCUGAGCCAGAGGUUGAGACAGAGAUUGGGAAAUGCUCCCCUACCAAGCAUCUAUUGAAUCAAAUCUGUGAUGAUCCUCAGACAAUGCAGACAAACAUACCAGUAGAAAAAACACCUACUUUGACUGGACAAGAGGAUAGUGAGAAUGACAUUGUUCUUGUGGAACGAUCUCAAAAGGCUGGGAUUAAAUACACUGUUUUCCCGAAAAGAAAGAAAUCAAAGAAAAUAAUGAAACCUAGAAAAUUAGAGGCUGUGAUUAAGAAAUUAAGUCAACCCCCAAAGAUUCUUGAAAGGUGUGUGUCUCUGGGAAGGCUUCCUAUUCAUGAUAAAUUCAGUAUCAAGAUUUCUUCAGCAGUCAAACAAUAUCAGAGCCCCAGCAUCCCUUGUUUAUUAGAUUUUGAAAAGUUUGCAGAAGUGAGGGGUGGAAUUCCAAAAGAAACUUCUGCUCAUGUGUGGGUCAGUGGAAUAUGGAAUUGCUGGUUUGAUGAAAAUUUCCCUCCUAGUGGGACUGCCUCUGAUGAGAAGAAUACUGAAUUACUGAAAGGAACUGAAACAGUGGACUCUCAGGAAGCAAAUCUACAAAUAGAAGUAGCUGACUCAAUGCAGCCUGUUCUUCUUGAGGGUACAACAAUUAGUAUUGAAGAUUUAGAAAAAGAAGUCAGAAAUCUGACUGAGCUGAUAGAAAAGGAAGAGCAUCCUUCAGCUUUUCACUACUGCAGGCGGGGAGCAAUACAAAGAAAGUUAGGCAAAUUAAAGUCAGCUAUGGAUGACUUGGAAAAAGCUAUAAGCUUAGAACCACUUCUGCUUAAUGCUUACUGGCAUAGGCAUUUGAUUUACCUCUUUCAAGACAGAUUUUCUGCUGCUUUGGAUGACCUGAAUUUUAUAACUAAAUGGAGCAAAAAUAAAGCAGAUACAUACCUGUCAAUGGCUGAAAUUUAUAGGAAACAAGGUGAUAAUACAUUGGCAAUCAUCAAUUAUAGCUCUGCAAUACAAUGCAGCCCUACAGAUGAUGACAUUUACUUUAGGAGAGCUGAAUUGUAUUUUGAGGAAAAUCAAUUGUUAUUGGCCAUGGAUGAUUAUGCCAAAUGUUUUCAGUAUAACCCAAAAAGAACAGAUGCACUUAUGAAACAUGGGAUACAUUUUUUUGACUGUUCAGAUUUGACUACAGCUAUUCAGGAUUUUACAGCUGUGAUCAAGGAAGAUCCUAUCAAUGCUCAGGCGAGGCUGUAUCGAGGAAGAGCAUAUGCCAAGCAGCAACAGUAUAGAAAUGCAAUAGAAGACUUGGCAGCAGCGGUUCACCUAGACCCUUCUUGUUGGUUAGCAUUCUACUAUAGAGGUUGCAUACUACGGCAGAUUGAUCCAAAAAGAGCUGUGCAGGACUUCAGUGUUUCUGUACUCAUCAAUGACACUCAGGAAAAUUUCCAUUCUUUUCUUCAUCGUGGGAUUGUUUACUCAGAACAGUGUCAAUGGCCACUUGCAAUCUGUGACUUUGAAAGUGUCCUGGCUUUGGACAGCUCUGUCAUCUUUGCUUACCUAAAUAUUGGUUUGAUACUGCUGCUGCAUCUCAAUCAAUACUAUGAAGCUAUUCGACAGUUUACUAAUGCCAUCGAAGCUGAUCCUCUCAAUGUUCGAGCCUAUGUGUGCAGGGCACAAGCAUAUCAUAAGAUUAAUAAUUUACCAAAUGCUGUGAAGGAUAUAAACCGAGCCAUUCAUCUUUAUCCAAACAAGUCACAACUUUGCAUAUUAAGGGGACAGUAUUUAAUGGAGUUGAAGAAAUAUGAGCUGGCAAGUUUAUGUAUUCACCAACUUGCAGAAAUGGAUGAAGGUAAUCCUGUUCAGCAAGCACUCAUUCAGUCAUUUUGUCAAAACCACAAUAAGGCCAUAGAAUGCUUACAUGAAGUUACUGCAACCCAACCUGAGCCUUCAAUGUUUGUUAUUUUAGGAAAAAUACAAAUGAAAGCGAAGAAGACUAAGGAUGCUGUGAGAAGUUUUAAAGAAGCUAUGAAGCUCCUGAUGACAUCAGAAAAAAUCCUGCCUAAUACCUUUGAGGCUGCAGAAAUGUAUUAUCUCACAGGCUUGUGUCACAUGGAGCAAAAAAUGUUAUUACGGGCCCGUGAUGCUUUUAGUACGGCUAUCAGACUACAUUCAAGUUACCCUGAUGCUUUUUAUCAGCGAGGGCUAUGUAGAAUGCAACUCAGACAAGCUAAGUGCAUCCGAGAUUUCAAUCGAGCACUUGCCCUUUGCCCAUCACAUUUCCAGGCAUAUAUGGGUCGUGCUGCUUACUAUGGAAGUAAAGGUAGAUACUCUAAGGCAAUUCUGAAUUGCAAUGAGGCGCUCAAAAUUCUUCCUAACAGUGUACAAGCUUAUUUUUACCGAGGAACUUUAAAAUAUCAAAAUAAGACAUUUAAAGCUGCAGUUGAAGAUCUUUCAAAAACAAUUGACCUCAACAAAACCUGCAUUUUGGCAUAUUAUAACAGAGCCAUCUGUUAUCAUCAAAUACAGGACUUCAGAAAGGCUUUGAAAGAUUAUGGAAUUCUUCUUCUGCUUGAACUGAGUAAUGAAAUAGCUUUUAAAGUGUUAAUCAAUCGUGGACUACUCCACUUGGAACUUUGUGAUUAUGCUAAUGCAUGUGAGGACUUUAAAGAAGCAACGUUGCUUAGUCCAGAUGAUAGCCAGAUCUUUCAAGCUAUUGGAAUCUGCUAUCAUAGACUUCAUGAAUUUGAAGAAGCUGUGAGAUCAUUUGACCAGGUUCUCAAACUAGAUCCUCUUUCUGUGGAUGCCUACAUUGGACGAGGAAAUUCGUACAUGGAAAAUGGACAUGAGGCUGGUUGUAAACAGGCACAGAAGGAUUUCUUGAGAGCAAUUCACCUGAAUCCAAAGUGUAUAAAAGCCAGAAUUUGCUUAGGAUACAACUUGCAGGCCCUUGGAAAACUUCAGAGAGCAUGGAGACAAUUUACAGUUGCCAUUUGCAUUGAUCCAAAAUGCCAUGCUGCAUAUGAUGGACGAGCUUCAGUCUGUCUUCAAAUGGGUGAUACUUUUGCUGCAUUUCAAGAUACAAAUGUCGCAAUAAAGCUCACUACCACUGCUCGACUGCUAACAAAUCGGGGUGUCAUCAAUGAGUUAAUGGGAUAUCUACCCUGUGCCAUGAAAGACUAUCAAGAAGCAAUUUCUGUUGACCCAAACUAUGCAUUAGCCUAUUUCAAUGCAGCAAAUAUCUACUUCCAUAAUCGACAGUUUUCACAGGCCUAUUGCUACUAUUCCAAGGUAUUACAACUUGACGCAAAAAAUGAAUCUGCUGUUAUGAAUCGUGCUAUUACAAAUAUGUUACUAAACAAUAUUGAAGAAGCAAAAGAAGACUUUGAGAAGGCAAUUUGUCUCUGCCCAUCCUCUGCAGCAGUGUAUUUUAACAGGGCAAAUUUAUAUAACAGAUUGAAGCAAUAUGAACUAGCUGAGAAAGACAUUUCAACAGCAUUGUCAAUUCAGCCUAAUGAUGCCUUGAUGUAUAAAUUUAGAGCUGAUAUUCGUGAUAAAUUGGGUUUCAGUAAAGAGGCUGUAGAAGACUACAAACAAGCAAUCAGCAUGGAAGAACAAAUUGAUUCCAUGUGAAAAGAUACCAAUUCUCAUAGCACUUGGGUUCUACUUACAGAUUCC